GUUGCUAAGACUGUGGGUCGCCGGAGGUGGUGGGAGUUAGUUUUGGCAACCAGGGCCUAAGAGAGGUCAAGGGUCAUUGCAGAGCCAGGGAGGAGAUGGUGAAGCAGACGAUCCAGAUAUUCGCAAGGGUGAAGCCCCCUGUCCGGAAACACCAACAAGGGAUUUAUUCCAUAGAUGAAGAUGAAAAAUUAAUACCUAGCUUGGAAAUUAUCUUACCACGUGAUUUGGCAGAUGGGUUUGUGAAUAAUAAGCGAGAAAGCUACAAAUUUAAAUUUCAAAGAAUUUUUGAUCAGGAUGCAAACCAAGAGACCAUUUUUGAAAACAUUGCCAAACCAGUUGCUGGGAGUGUCCUGGAAGGUUACAAUGGUACUAUCUUUGCAUAUGGGCAAACAGGCAGCGGGAAGACAUUCACUAUCACAGGGGGUGCAGAGCGUUACAGUGACAGAGGCAUUAUCCCAAGGACACUGUCAUACAUUUUUGAACAGUUACAAAAGGACAGCAGCAAAAUGUAUACAACGCACAUUUCCUAUUUGGAAAUCUACAAUGAAUGUGGUUAUGAUCUUUUGGAUCCAAGACAUGAAGCCUCCAGUUUGGAAGAUUUGCCGAAAGUGACAAUACUGGAGGACCCUGAUCAGAACAUUCACCUGAAAAACUUGACUCUCCAUCAGGCAACCACAGAGGAAGAAGCUCUGAAUUUGCUUUUUUUAGGAGACACCAACCGAAUGAUUGCAGAGACUCCUAUGAACCAAGCUUCAACUCGUUCCCACUGCAUUUUUACUAUUCAUUUGUCAAGUAAGGAACCAGGAUCUGCAACAGUACGACAUGCCAAACUCCAUCUGGUUGACCUGGCUGGUUCAGAGCGAGUCGCGAAGACUGGAGUAGGGGGCCAUCUUCUAACAGAGGCCAAGUAUAUCAACUUGUCACUGCAUUACUUAGAACAGGUUAUCAUCGCCCUUUCAGAAAAGCAUCGUUCACACAUUCCUUAUAGAAACUCCAUGAUGACCAGUGUCCUACGAGACAGUUUGGGAGGGAACUGCAUGACAACUAUGAUUGCAACACUCUCCUUGGAGAAGAGGAAUCUCGAUGAGUCUAUAUCUACCUGCAGAUUUGCACAGCGAGUGGCACUCAUAAAGAAUGAAGCUGUUCUUAAUGAAGAAAUUGAUCCCAGAUUGAUGAUUAAACGCCUACAAAAGGAAAUCCAGGAACUGAAGGAUGAACUGGCCAUGGUCACUGGGGAGCAGAGGACAGAGGCACUCACAGAGGCAGAGCUCCUUCAGCUGGAAAAACUAAUAACAUCCUUUUUGGAAGACCAGGAUCCAGAGAGUAGAUUAGAGGUUGGCGCGGAUAUGCGUAAAGUUCAUCACUGUUUUCAUCAUUUAAAGAAACUAUUGAAUGACAAGAAGAUCUUUGGAAACAAUACAGUCUCCAAUACAGUCUCCUCUGAAAGCAAAGACCAAGACUGUCAAGAACCAUUAAAAGAGGAAGAAUAUAGAAAGCUACGAGAUAUUCUAAAACAGAGAGAUAAUGAAAUCAAUAUCCUGGUCAACAUGUUAAAAAAAGAAAAGAAGAAAGCUCAGGAGGCUCUCCACUUGGCUGGCAUGGAUAGACGUGAAUUCAGACACUCCCAGAGCCCACCCUUCCCCCUGGGAAACCCAGAAGAAGGUCAAAGGAUGCGACUAUCCUCAGCUCCCUCACAGGCCCAGGACUUCAGCACUUUGGGGAACAGAUCUAGUUUGCUCCACAAGAAAACAGGAAUGAGAGAGGAAAUGUCAUUAGGACGCCAGGAGGCUUUUGAAAUCUUCAAGAGGGACCACGCUGACAGCGUUACCAUCGAUGACAACAAACAGAUUCUGAAACAGAGAUUUUCUGAAGCCAAGGCCCUGGGAGAAAGUAUAAAUGAAGCAAGAAGUAAAAUUGGUCACCUGAAGGAAGAAAUCACCCAGCGGCAUAUACAGCAAGUAGCCCUAGGAAUCUCGGAAAACAUGGCGGUGCCUCUGAUGCCAGACCAGCAGGAGGAGAAGCUGCGAUCACAACUGGAGGAAGAAAAGAGAAGGUAUAAAACAAUGUUCACUCGCCUGAAAGCCCUGAAGGUGGAGAUCGAGCACUUGCAGCUGCUCAUGGACAAAGCCAAGGUGAAGCUACAGAAAGAGUUUGAAGUCUGGUGGGCAGAGGAGGCCACCAACCUGCAGGUAAACUCUCCAGCAGUGAACUCACUCAAUCACACGAAGCCGUUUCUCCAGACAUCUGACUCCCAGCAUCAACAGUCCCAACUCUUCUCUAACAAAAGUUCUGGAGGCUGGGAAGUCCAAGGUCAAGGCACUGGCAGAUUCGAUGUCUGUGAUGUGAAUGCCAGGAAAAUCCUGCCCUCGCCUUGCCCCAGUCCACACAGCCAGAAACAGAGCAGCACCAGCACCCCACUGGAAGACAGCAUCCCCAAGAGGCCAAUGUCGUCCAUCCCUCUCACCGGAGACAGCCAGACGGACUCGGACAUCCUGGCCUUCAUCAAAGCCAGACAGAGCAUUCUGCAGAAGCAAUGUUUGGGAAGCAAUUGAAUUUCCAGGAAGUAUCCAGCCAUGCAUUAUGCCCGCAAGAAUGAAGUACAGAUGAAGGCAGCGCCCCUCACUUGCCCUGGCUUCAGAAGUGAACUAUGGGCUGCUGGGAGCAACUAGUGACUUUGAUUCCCAUGGAGGGGGCUGUAUUUCUUUAAGGAUACUGUCCUGGAGGCCACCAAGACGCUGGGACUGGGGCUGACCAUGACAUCCGUCCUGUGGUUCCUGGAGCUGCUGGCAGGACCGGGCAAUGCCAGAGUGCUGGGGCAGGGUGAGGGCUUCAGCUCGCUGUUGUAGUGAUGUUUCGUGUAGAUCAUUAUAAACUUUUGAGAAUGUGAAAUACACCGUCAUAGUAUAAUGUCAGAGGAAGCUCACACC